AUGUCUGAAAAGGAGAGUACUCCAGAAGAGAGAGAGGAUGUCACUAGUCAACUUAGGGAAGAAGCUACAUCACGGUCAGUGGAGGAAUCUGGAUUUAUUAAAGAAUCCUCAAGUUCAUUAAAGGAAGCCUCUGAUGGGACACCUUCCAACCAAAUUAGUGAAAUGCGUCCUAGAAAAAAUAUGUUAGGUAUACAUGAUGAUACAUCAAUAUCCUCCUCUGGAAGUAAGGCUAAGAGAUUUUCUGAAACAAUCACUAGACCUGACAGCUUGCAGUCAAAAACUGAGAUUUCACCAAGUUCGUCAUUAUCAAUAACUGGGAUGACUGCUGAAUAUCAAGAUUUCCUUGAAACAUUAGAAAAAAUUAGUCCACAACUCUCUGAAGAAAGUCAGAAAGGAUUUGCUUUAGGAUUAGAUAACUUUACAGUUAACCUUAAAGCCAAGGGUUUGCAAGAAUUCCCUAAGGACAUUUUAAAAACCAAGUAUGUAAAAUAUCUAAAUUUAGAUGAGAACAAAAUAAAAAGCUUUAAAGGGGUAGACCCAAGUGAUCUGCUAGGACUUGAAAUUUUAUCCAUGAAAGAAAAUGGGUUAUCAUCACUUCCAUCCGAAAUUCAGUUACUUCAUAAUUUAAAGACAUUAAAUGUCAGUCACAAUCAAAUAUUGCACAUACCUAAAGAACUAUCUCAGCUUGGGAAUAUCAGACAACUCUUUUUAAAUAAUAAUUGUAUUGAGGGUUCUCCUUCCGGCUUGGAAAGUCUUGGAAACUUAGAAAUUUUAAAUUUGGCUAAAAAUAAGUUAAGACAUAUACCAGAUACUCUAUCUAGUUUGAAAAAAUUGAGGGGUCUCAAUCUGGAAUAUAAUCAGUUAACAAUAUUUCCUAAAGCUCUGUGCUUCCUUCCAAAGUUAAUUUCACUAAAUCUUACUGGAAACCUGAUAAGCAGUUUGCCAAAAGAAAUUAAGGAGCUUAAGAAUUUAGAGAAACUUUUACUUGAUCACAAUAAACUCACCUUUUUGGCUGUGGAAAUUUUUCGACUGCUCAGAAUGAAAGAACUCCAACUGACUGAUAAUAAAUUGGAAGUUAUUUCACACAAAAUUGAGAAUUUUAGAGAACUUAGGAUUCUAGUACUUGACAAAAAUUUAUUGAAAGACGUACCAGAGAAUAUUUCCCACUGUGUAAUGUUGGAAUUCCUUAGUCUUAGUGAUAAUAAAAUAACAGAACUUCCCAAGAACAUCCAUAAGCUUAAAAAUUUAAGAAAACUCCAUAUAAACAGAAAUAAUAUAAUAAAAAUACCUGAAGAUAUUUCACAUCUCAAUAAUAUGUUCAGUCUAGAAUUUGCAGGAAAUAUAAUCACAGAUUUUCCCAUUGAAAUAAAAAACUGCAGAAAAAUAACUAAAGUUGAAUUAAGUUAUAAUAAAAUAAUAUAUUUUCCGCUAGGUUUGUGCGCUUUAGAGUCUCUUUAUUAUCUGAGUUUUAAUGGAAAUUACAUUUCAGAAAUACCUGCAGACAUAUCUUUCAGUAAACAACUGCUUCAUUUAGAGUUUAAUGAAAAUAAACUCCUCAUAUUUUCUGAGCACUUAUGCUCACUUAUUAAUCUUGAAUACCUGGAUCUUGGUAAAAACAAAAUAAAGAAAAUUCCACCAUCUAUUUCUAAUAUGGUAUCACUCCAUGUUCUUAUUUUAUGCUGUAAUAAACUGGAAACUUUCCCUAUAGAAGUGUGUACUUUAGAAAAUUUGCAAGUACUUGAUCUUUCAGAAAAUCAAAUACAGAAUAUUCCUCCAGAGAUCUGUAACUUAAAAGGAAUCCAGAAAUUAAACAUCUCAAGCAAUCAAUUUAUUUAUUUUCCUAUUGAACUUUGCCAACUUCAAUCACUGGAAGAGCUGAAUAUAAGUCAGAUAAAUGGGAGAAAGUUAACAAGACUUCCAGAAGAGCUGUGUAAUAUGAUCCAACUUAAAGAACUUGAUAUCUCAGAUAAUGCAAUCAGAGAGAUGCCAAGAAGCAUAGGGGAAUUGAGAAGUUUGGUUAGUUUAAAAGCGUACAACAAUCAAAUAAGAUAUCUACCACCAUCUUUUCUAUCUUUAAAUGCUCUCCAGCAGCUAAACUUGAGUGGAAAUAAUCUGACAGCUCUGCCUAGUGGUAUCUACAACCUAUUUUCACUGAAGGAGAUAAAUUUUGAUGAUAACCCUUUGCUGAGACCUCCCAUGGAAAUCUGUAAAGGAAAGCAAUUGUAUACUAUUGCCUGCUACCUGCAGAGGGCAGAUGAAAGAGAUGAGAAAAUCUUAGAGAAGAUCUUCAAGAUAGUUGCCACAAAUAUUACAGAAACAAAUUUUGAAUUUCUGUGUCAAAAAUUAAACUUGACAAUCUCAGAGACUGAUAAGUCUACAAUGAGCACUGUUUCAUUAAGGGAGAAAGUUCACCAAUUACUUGAUCGGUGGAAAAGGGAAAAUAACUUAUCAGUAACCGCUGCUGCUCUAAGAGACCAACUAACUCGGGCACUAACUAUGAUUGGAGCAUAUGAAAUUAUGGACAAAAUAACAGCUUUACAACUUUUUACACGUGCAAUUAAGUUCUGAACAGUGUCUCCAUAAUAUGUGCUUAUGAUGCACUUGUAUAACUGAAACAGAU